ACUUUCGUAUCACAGGAAAAAAAUAUUUCGGGAAAAUGUCGAAAAUGCAACAAAACGGUGUUGUGCCCGGUGGAGGAGUCGAUCCAACCGAUGAUUUUUCAGACGACGACGCGACUCCGUUGACGCAAGCUUAUGGCGGCAGUCAAAGGACACUCGUCGAGACGAAAGGAUGGGACGUGUUCAGAGAUCCACCCCCGAAAAUCGAUUCGGGAUCGAUGGCGAAUCAGAAAUGCUUCGACGUCACAGUUCAAAUAACGAAAGUUAUCGUCUACCUCCUCGUCUUUAUAAUUGUCCUCGGAUGCGGAGUCAUUGCCAAAGGCACAAUUCUCUUCAUGACCUCGCAACUGAAAGCGGGUCGGCAAAUCGCCUACUGUAACAAACAGCUGGGGCGAGACAAGCAAUUCGUCGCGACGUUACCGGAUGAGGAAAGAAUAGCGUGGAUGUGGUGCAUAAUAAUCGCAUUCGUAGUGCCCGAAGUUGGUACUUUUAUAAGAAGUUUGAGAAUAUGCAUUUUCAAAUCGUGGAAGAAGCCUUUGUCGUCGCACUUUCUUCUGGUAUUCGUAAUGGAAACAUUCCACGUUGUUGGUCUCGCGCUAAUGUUCUUUGCAGUAUUGCCUGAACUCGAUGUCGUCAGAGGUGCCAUGUUAACAAAUUGCGUGUGUUUCGUGCCAGGUUUUCUUGGUUUGCUUUCUCGAAAUAAGAGCAAAGAUCAAUCAAGAAGAUGCGUCCUCGUGUUGGUCGAUCUUGCUGCGUUAGCAGCACAAGCAACGGGAUUCGUGGUUUGGCCAUUGUUGACCAGCUCUGAGCCUUCUUUAUGGUUGAUACCACCCUCGUUGUUCCUGGUAUCGUGCGGCUGGUGGGAAAACUACGUGUCGCUUCAGAGUCCGAUUGGAUUCGUUAAGACUCUCGGUCGCGUGAAGAAGGAACUUCGUCUGACGCGAUACUUCACUUACAUAUUUGUAUCGGCAUGGAAAAUAAUCGGAUUUUUCAUCAGCACGAUUAUAAUUCUUCACAUAAAAGGCGAAUCGGUUGGUCAUUUGUUCACCAAAUUUGGGAGUACGGAUUACAAAAUCUCAGUUAUGCAACGGGGCUCGGUUGCAGCGACGACCGACUCCAUUCCGGAUUUAUCGGACACUUUUUCCAACGGAGACACCGAAACGAUAACACCCGAUUUUUACGCACCGAUUCGCGUUCUACUGAUACAAAUUUUUGGAGCUUACCUGGCUUAUAUUUUCGGAAAGUUUGCAUGUAAAAUACUGAUUCAGGGAUUCAGUUACGCUUUUCCAGUGAGUCUUACGAUCCCUGUGACGAUUUCCCUGCUCAUCGCGGCCGUCGGAAUUCGCGAAGGCGAUCCAUGCUUUUUCCACGGCACCAUUCCCGACUAUCUCUCAUUCCAGUCACCGGAGGACCCCAAUUUCCUCAAUGAUUUCAUUUCGAAACAAUACGCUUGGAUUUGGCUCCUUUGGCUUUUGUCGCAGACGUGGAUCACUCUGCAUAUCUGGACACCGAAAUGCGAGAGACUCGCAGCUACUGAGAAAUUGUUCGUCGUGCCGAUGUACGACUCUUUGUUGAUCGACCAGUCGAUGGGCCUGAAUAGGAAAAGAGACGAUCAACCGGAAGUCAAAGUCGAAGAUUUAGCCGAAAUUGAAAGAGAAAAAGGAGACGGCGACUACGAAACGAUAUACGAGCAAACCGACGGUUCAACGACUCCACCGUCCGCCGUAAAAAGCAGCGAUCACGUGACCAGAAUUUACGCUUGUGCUACCAUGUGGCACGAGAACAAGGAAGAGAUGAUUGAGUUCUUGAAAAGUAUAUUGAGGCUCGACGAGGACCAAUGUGCAAGGAGAGUCGCCCAAAAGUAUCUCAAAGUCGUGGAUCCUGAUUAUUACGAAUUUGAAACUCACAUAUUCUUCGAUGAUGCUUUCGAGCUCAGCGACCACGACGAAAACGAAUCCCAGGUGAAUAGAUUCGUGAAACUACUGGUAGGCACCCUGGACGAAGCAGCUUCGGACGUUCAUCAGACGAGAAUGCACGUGCGAGCACCGAAAAAAUAUCCAACACCUUACGGUGGUCGACUGGUCUGGACGUUGCCUGGAAAGACGAAAAUGGUUGCUCAUUUGAAGGACAAAAGUAAAAUUCGACACAGGAAACGGUGGAGCCAAGUCAUGUACAUGUACUACUUGCUAGGGCAUCGUCUUAUGGAACAACCAAUAAGUGUCGACCGCAAAGAAGUAAUAGCCGAAAAUACGUAUUUGUUGACAUUGGACGGCGACAUUGAUUUCCAGCCAGCUGCGGUCAAACUGUUAGUCGAUCUUAUGAAAAAGAAUAAAAAUCUCGGCGCCGCUUGUGGGCGCAUCCAUCCAGUAGGAUCAGGUCCGAUGGUUUGGUACCAAAUGUUUGAGUACGCGAUUGGUCAUUGGCUUCAAAAAGCGACGGAGCACAUGAUCGGUUGUGUGCUCUGUAGUCCCGGUUGUUUUUCCCUCUUCAGAGGCAAGGCUCUGAUGGACGACAACGUCAUGAAGAAAUAUACGACGAGAUCCGAGGAAGCGAGACAUUACGUGCAGUACGAUCAAGGGGAGGAUCGUUGGCUCUGCACACUUCUGUUGCAGCGUGGAUAUCGAGUCGAAUAUUCAGCUGCCAGUGAUGCCUACACUCAUGCUCCUGAAGGUUUCAACGAAUUUUACAACCAACGUCGUCGUUGGGUCCCCUCAACAUUGGCCAAUAUCAUGGAUCUUCUUAUGGACGCUAAGAAAACUAUCAAAAUCAAUGACAACAUAUCCCUGCCUUACAUUUCGUACCAAAUUCUCCUUAUGGGCGGUACGAUCCUUGGACCAGGAACGAUAUUUCUUAUGUUGGUGGGAGCCUUCGUAGCUGCCUUCAAAAUCGACAAUUGGACGAGCUUCUAUUACAACAUCAUUCCAAUUCUCCUGUUCAUGUUUGUCUGUUUUACGUGCAAAUCCAAUAUACAGGUAUUUGCAGCCGCGGUGAUAAGCGUUGUCUACGGCCUCGUGAUGGUAGUCGUUGCGACGGCGAUAUCGAUAAACAUAGUCGAGGAUGGUUUCACAGCGCCAUCAAGCAUGUUCCUUUUUUUCGUUGCCUUCCAAUUGACCGUCACCGCCGCUUUGCAUCCCCGUGAAAUGGGAUGUCUAAUUUACGGCAUAAUUUACUACAUAACCGUACCCUCGAUGUACUGCAUACUAAUAAUAUAUUCGCUCUUCAAUCUCAAUGAUAUCACGUGGGGCACGAGGGAGGUGAAAACUCGGCUGUCCGCUGCGGAACUCGAGCAAGAAAAGAAAGAGGCCGAAGAGGCUAAACGAAAAGCGAAGCAAAAGUCGCUUCUCGGCUUCCUGCAAAACGGCGCAGGCAACAACGGCGAUAAUCAAGGUUCCAUAGAAAUAUCCCUGGCUGGAUUGUUCAAAUGUAUGCUCUGCACCCACGACCAACCUUCCGAUGAAAAACAACAACUCGUUGCGAUAGCAGAGUCGUUGGAACAACUUGGAAAACGAUUAGAAACUAUCGAGAGAGCUGUGGAUCCCCACGGUCAUUCAUCCGGUCGUCGAAGAGCUUCCUCCGUUGGUUCUCGGGCAGCUGAUCAUCUCGGAGCCAUCGGCGAAGACCCUGGGGAAGAGGAUGAUCACGUGAGCGAAACGGAAACAGAGAAAAGUGAGAACAACGAUAACAUCAGAAACAACGACUUCCUUUCGCGUCCCUACUGGGUCACCGACGAAGGACUCAAGAAAGGAGAAGUCGAAGUACUUUCUCUUCAGGAAGAACUCUUCUGGAAAGAUCUACUCGACAAGUAUUUGUAUCCUAUCGACGAAGACAAAGCUGAGAAGGCUAGAAUCGCUCGAGACCUUAAGGAUUUACGAGACCAGAGUGUAUUCGCGUUCUUUAUGCUGAACGCUCUCUUCGUCCUGAUCGUCUUUCUACUACAGUUAAACAAAGAUUUGCUCCAUGUCAAGUGGCCAUUUGGUAUCAAGACGAACAUCAGUUAUGACGAGACCUCCCAACAGGUUCACGUGUCCAAAGAAUACUUACAACUCGAACCUAUUGGUCUCGUUUUCGUUUUCUUUUUCGCUCUCAUUCUGGUCAUACAAUUUACGGCUAUGCUUUUCCAUCGGUUCGGCACUUUGGCUCACAUCCUUGCUAGUACCGUUCUCGAUUGGUACUGCUGUAAAAAGUCGAAGGAUCUUUCUGAAGAGGCUCUUCUAUCGAAGCACGCUGUCGAAAUAGUUCGCGAUCUGCAGCGUCUCGACGGCAUGGAGGGCGAUUACGAUGAAGGCAGCGGCAGUGGUCCGGGAAGACGGAAAACAAUCAGAAAUCUUGAAAAGAGUCGCAGGAAGACUCAAGCCAUCAAUACCCUGGACGUCGCGUUCCGGCAACGUUUCUUCAGUAUGGCCGAAGGCAACGGAUUACCACGGAACAUGUCGACGCGUCGUUCGACGAAGGCGUUCAAGGCGUUCGAGGGUCGUCGCAACAGCAUAAUGGCGAUGAGAGGAAAGUCCUCGAUGCAGACACUGGGUGCAAACAACAUUUACGGAGCGCCUGGUAAUCAGCUGGGAAUCCAGCCGCGACCGACGCGAAGCAGUCAAAUAUCAGUUAAGGACGUAUUCCCGGAUGCUGGACAAGUGAAUCCGGGAUACGAGGCUGAGGAGAGUCCACGAAACAGUCUGAGACUCCAGCCAAUGCCACAAAUUGGCUGGCGUGAUUUAAACUCUAAAAUGUAAAUUAUUAUGCGAUUUCGUGAAAAGGCAAAAAACGAAAUUAGGUACCAAUAUUCAUGUUUUUAUUCUUUUUUAUAACGAUAAUUUUUUUCAUCAAGAAAGUCUCCGAAUACGCAUCGAAAACGCGCGGUGAUUAUUACGCUUAUAAUUUUCCUUUUCAUUUUUUUUCUCUCGCCCUGACUCACUCUCUUUUCGCGUUUCGCAUCUUUUUUUAUUCUUCCAUUCCGUACUAUACUUUUUUCUCUUACGUGAACAACUCUCCACGUUUCGUUUGUGAUAUAUCGUAUCGGACUAUUAAAUUAUGUGUAAUAACUCUUUGUGCGCGCGAGUACGUGGUUCCGAAUGUCUUCUCGAAUGAAUGAUAUCAUAAUAUACGAUUACAAUUAAUAUCUCCGGCGCAUUACGUGCUUCGUAAUUUUACCUCACCAUUGCCUGCCCUCUUCAUAACAAAAUAUGUUACGUACAUUUAAUGCAUUAUUCUUAAGCAAUCCUUCCGACCAGACAUAACCUACUUUUCGUCUUCAAAAUUCAUAUCUUAUUUUUCGUCAAGUUAUUCUCGAUUGGAAAAAAGACACAUUUAUUCUUCAAAAUCACUGCUCUUCAUCAGCAAUAGUAUCUUUUGGUUGCCCUGCGUUUUGCUAUACUGGCAAAAGAAAGUAUUUCGCAUAAGAAAUUGAAGAGAUUAUUAUUUUAUCGGAUGUCGUUCGCAGUUGUCACCAUUUCAUAACCAAAAAAUGCAUUUUUUGUUUGAAACUUUUUUUGCUGCUGGUUCUUCGACCUAGCAAAUCAUGCAUAUCUUUUAUUGAGUUCGCAGUACAGUUUUUUUUCAGUAUUUUUGUAGUAUAUGCGAGCAGUUAGAUUGCAAAAAAACUGAACAAUGUUUGUGAAUGAUUUUCUCAAAGUUUUGUGUCAAAAAAUGCUCAAAAAAGACAUGGAAGGUUUUUCACCAUUUUAGGGAAACUAAUGCGAGUUUCAGAAAGUGGAACGAGAUUAUAUAAAAUUAAAUCUAGGUUGGCACAGGCUGAGAAAUUUCGUAUAACGUGAAUAAAAAUGUUGGAACCUACAAUGUUCCAAAUAGGCAAUAAAUUUUAUCUUAAUAUCGUACGGUUUAUUAAAUAUACUUUUUUACAUAAUUUUGAGGAGCCCCUUUGAAUCCAUACACUUGUACUCAAUAAUUAUUGCCUCGUAAAAAGAAAUAGCUUAAAAAACGAGGAUACAUCCGAUCGUGUGCAAUAAACAAAUGUCAUAACUGUUUC